CUGAUUAAAUGUUAUGGCAUCUCAAAGCAAUUUCUUUAUAGUAAGUAGUACUGUCCAUGGUAUGAAGUCGAGGUGCUAAGCACGUGAAGUUUCAACUACCUAUACCAAAUUGACAAAAGGAGAGAGACACAUGGAUAUAUUUUAUUUAGAACUAGUUCUGGAAAAACCCCAAAAUAUCUUUUAUGUACUCAAAUCUUCAUUUUCUUCAUCUUGUAUAUACAAAUUACUCUAUAUUACUUUACAAGUCUUCUUAAGUAUGGAAAGAAGCGUAGCUAAUGAGGCAUCAAAGGCCACAAUAAUGGCGGAGGACUACAAGAAGGAUCUUGAGUUCAUUGAAGAGGUGACUAGCAAUGUUGAUGAUGUCCAGAGGAGAGUUCUUGCUGAAAUCAUCUCCCAGAAUGUGCAUGUUGAGUACUUGCAGCGUCAUAAUCUCAAUGGCAGCACUGAUAGAGACACAUUCAAGAAAGUCGUACCUGUCAUCACUUACGAAGAUAUCCAGCUUGAUAUCAACCGCAUAGCCUAUGGUGAUAAAUCUCCUAUCCUCUGCUCCCAACCCAUCUCUGAAUUAUUGUCAAGUUCUGGCACGUCUGGAGGGGAGAGCAAAUUGAUACCAUCAACAGAGGCAGCGCUUGGGAGGAGAUUACAGCUUCUCAAACUUCUGAUGUCUGUGAUGAGCCAAGUGGCUCCAGAUUUUGGAAAGGGUAAAGGAAUGUAUUUCAUGUUCAUAAGUUCUGAACAGAAGACCCCAGGAGGAUUACUAGCUCGGUUUUUUACUACUAGUUUUUACAAGAGUCCUUAUAUCAACUGCGGAUACCCCUGCAGGAAAUUCACUAGUCCAACGGCAACCAUUCUCUCCCAAGACUCUUACCAAAGUAUGUACUCUCAAAUGCUCUGUGGCCUCUGCCAAAACCAAGAAGUCCUCCGUGUUGGCUCACUUUUUGCAACCGGCUUCAUUCGUGGCAUCCGUUUCUUGGAGAAGCAUUGGUCUCUACUUUGUAACGAUAUCCGAAACGGAACCAUUAACACUCAAAUUACAGAUCCUUCAGUGAGAGAAGCAGUGAUGGAAAUCCUCAAACCUGACCCAAAAUUAGCUGAUUUCAUUGAGGCUGAAUGCAGCAAAGACUCAUGGCAAGGAAUCAUCACUAGGUUGUGGCCUAAUACCAAGUAUGUGGAUGCUAUUUUGACUGGAUCCAUGUCACAAUAUAUACCGAUACUUGAUUAUUACAGCAAUAGCCUCCCUCUUAUCAGUACUUUGUAUGGUUCCUCAGAAUGCCACUUUGGAAUCAACUUGAACCCUUUCUGUAAGCCCAGUGAAGUCUCUUACACCCUUAUCCCCACCAUGUGCUAUUUUGAGUUCUUACCAUAUCACGGAAAUAGUGGAGUCACUGAUUCUAUCUCCAUGCCCAAGUCGCUUAAUGAGAAAGAACAACAACAAUUGGUUGAUUUGGCCGAUGUCGAGAUUGGUCAGGAGUACGAGCUUGUUGUUACCACAUAUUCUGGACUCUACAGAUAUAGAGUCGGUGAUGUGCUUCGGGUUGCUGGAUACAAGAACAAUGCGCCUCGAUUCAACUUCCUAUGCCGGGAAAAUGUAAUCUUGAGCAUUGGUGCUGACUUUACUAAUGAAGUUGAGCUACAAAAUGCAGUGAAAAAUGCAGUGGGUAAUCUGAUGCCAUUUGAUUCUCAGGUAACCGAGUACACCAGUUAUGUCGAUAUUACCACCAUUCCAAGCCAUUAUGUCUUAUUCUGGGAGCUGAGUGCGAAUGACUCUACCCCAGUUCCUCCGUCAGUCUUCGAAGAUUGUUGCCUCACAAUUGAAGAAUCUCUAAACUACUUCUACCGCGAGGGCCGUGCGUCUAAUGAAUCCAUCGGGCCUCUAGAAAUUAGGGUGGUGGAAAAUGAAACUUUUGACAAGCUCAUGGACUACUGCAGUAGCUUAGGUGCUUCCAUGAACCAAUACAAGACGCCCCGUUGUGUGAAAUAUGCACCCCUCAUUGAGAUGUUGAAUUCAAGGGUCGUAUCCAACUACUUCAGUCCCACGUGUCCAAAAUGGGUUCCUGGCUACAAGAAAUGGAACAACACCAAUUAAAUGUCAAGCUUCCAAUUUCUCUGCUUGUAGCUUCAUUCACAAUGCAGAAAGAAAACAACCAUUUGUGGAUUGCUUUAGUGAAUAAUCAUCCUAGCUAUGUUAGCCUUUCAUGAACAUGUUAUGGAUUUGUAUUUGUCACAAAUAAAAUAUGGCACUUUUUAUUUCUGUAA